GAGAAAACCGCCUAAAAAGUUUUUGGGUCCGUGUCCCUGCCCUCUGAAUCUCGCCGCCACCAAUUCAACAGUCUCCCCCAUAUUCCAGACUCCGAUGGUCGCUUCGUAGUGCACACUUCCCACAGGCAUUUGCUUGCUUUGCCUUUCGCCUCCUACAACAACAUCUUCGUAUCGUGAGCAAUUGACCGCCCGGGAGCAACUUCGAAGAGACGUAAUUUAUCGGUUCAUAACUGCCCACCCUCGAACCGCACCCAGAGUUGGUCGUACGACCUCUCCAGCUGCAGCGCGACAUUCCACCAAAAUACAAGCGACAGUCUACCAAAAUGAGUGCAUAGAUCCAAAGUGAACAAUGUUGAGCCUCACGUUUCUUGCCCCUGCAUCCUCGGCGGCAGCACGAUGGACAUGCCGUGCUUGUCUUCGCCGCCAGACUACCACCGCACGUACACCCACGAGUCGAAUAUCGCAACAGAUACCACGGAACAGCUUCGCUACAAAACGAUCUCCCUUCAAGGCACCGGCCUCUAAACCCUUACCAAAAAAUGCACAACCAGCGACACCAGCAUCGACACCCAAGAGCGGCGGAAGCAAGAAGCGAAGACGCCUCGUGAUAGGUGUUGGACUAGGGCUCGUUGCAGGAGGACUUCUGGCAGUCAACGAGGAUGCCAAACACGCUGUAACGGCUGUAAGGAGGAGUGCCAGGGUGCUGGACACGCUGGGGAAGAAUAUCUACGACUACCGCCAGACGCUCAAACGCGAUUCCGAUCCCGACUACGAUAACCUCCUCAAGGAAUGCCACCUCCGCUGCGCAAAACGAACACUCAAGACACUCGAGAAGAACGGUUCCAUAUUCAUCAAAUUGGGCCAGCAUCUGAGUAGCUUGAACUACCUCCUGCCAUCCGAAUGGUGCGAUACGUUCAUCCCUCUUCAAGACAAAUGCCCUGUCUCGUCAUAUGAUAAGAUCGAAGAGAUGGUGCGCAAUGAUACCGGUCACUCCUUGUCUGAAUACUUUUCGCAGUUCAAUGAGUUGCCAAUUGGCGCAGCGUCGCUGGCGCAGGUACACACAGCUGUUGUUCGAGCCACGGGGCAGAAAGUGGCGGUCAAGGUCCAACAUCCGGCAUUGGACGAGUGGGCCAAACUCGACCUUGCCCUGACACGAUUCACUUUCGAGACGUUGCGAUACUGGUUCCCAGAGUAUGAUUUGACAUGGCUGAGCGAAGAGAUGGAGGUUUCUCUUCCUCAAGAGCUCGAUUUUGCUCGUGAGGGACAGAAUGCGAUUCGCGCCCGUCGAUACUUCGAAAACGUUCGCGACGCCCCCGUCAUCAUCCCCGAGGUUCUUUGGGCGAAGCGAAGGAUCCUCGUCAUGGAGUAUGUGAGCGGGCACCGACCGGAUGAUCUCGAGUAUCUUGAUUCUCACAACAUCGACCGCGACGAAGUCUCCGCAGCUCUGGCCCGCAUCUUCAACGAAAUGAUCUUCGGCACCAAUGCACCUCUCCAUUGCGAUCCACACGGAGGCAACAUCGCUGUGCGCCACAACCCGUCCCGGCCUGGAAAGGGCAACUUCGACAUCAUCAUGUACGACCAUGGUCUCUACCGGGACAUCCCCAUGGACAUCCGCCGGAGCUAUGCGAAGCUGUGGCUCGCCGUGCUUGAUUCUGAUGAGCCAAACAUGCGCAAGUACGCGUACGAAGUCGCCGGGAUCGACAGCGAACUCUUCCCUCUGUUUGCGAGCGCAAUCACGGGACGAGACUGGUCUGUUCUAAAGUCGGAGACCGGAGUGGCUACUAAGAGGAGUAAAGAGGAAAAGGAGAACAUCACGGAUGCGCUGGGCGACGGCAUGAUUGUACAACUUGUUCAAUUGUUGGGCAAGGUCCCUCGCGUGAUUCUUCUGAUCCUAAAGACCAACGAUCUGACACGCUCCCUUGACGAGAACCUCCACACGCGACAGGGACCACUCCGUACAUUCCUCAUUCUUGCCCGGUACGCGUCGCGCACGGUGUAUGAGGAGCAGCUCGAGAACCUCAAGGCGUCCGGGAUCCUGGGGUUGCGCGGGUUCUGGCAGUUCCUGAGGGCAUGGGGACGGCACUUCAGGAUCGAAGUCAAGCUUGGAGGGUUCGAGCUUUGGCUCAGGGUCAGGGCAGCAUUGGGGAUGGGGCCGAUUGAGGGAUGAAUGAAUGGACGGACUUGUUGCGGAAUUGAAGUCAAAGAGUAGUAGAGUAGACACAGGGGAGAGGUGUCACGUUGUUGAUAUGUAUAUGUACAUACGUUUGUGUGAAAACGAGUGUGGACGGCAGCGGCGAAUCAAAGAAUACACUACCACAGAGGGCCCCUUUUCUUCUCAUUGUUCUUCUUUUUCUUCGCAAUGACUUUCAGCAUUGGUAUGAAUUGAGCGUGCACGACAUUAUAUUCAAGUUGAUAUUUC